AUGAGGGGCCUUCUGGUGCUUUCUGCGCUGCUGGCUGUGGCCUUCAGCACCGAGACCUUCGUGGGCCAACAGGUGCUGAGGAUUUUGCCUGAAGACGCCUUCCAGCUGGAGAAGGUGAUGGAGCUGGACGCAUCUGAGAAGCUGCAGCUGGACUUCUGGCGAGCCCCGACUUACCCCAAGAGCCCCGUCGACGUCCGCGUCCCGUUCCCCAGUCUCCAGCGGGUGAAGGUCUUCCUGGAGUCCAACGGCAUCCAGUACGACAUCAUGAUCGAGGACCUCCAGUCCUUGAUUGACGAGGAAAAGCUGGACAUGGCGCGCCAACGUUCGGUGCUGCAGACGACCGAGACCUUCAACUAUGCUGCCUACCACAACCUGGAUGAGAUCAAUGCUUUUAUGGAUCUUCUAGUAACCGAAAAGAGUAAUCUGGUUAGUAAACUCCAGAUCGGCAAGAGCUAUGAGGGGCGCCCAAUCAACGUCCUGAAGUUCAGCACAGGAGGAAUCAAGCGGCCAGCGAUCUGGAUUGACACUGGCAUCCACUCCCGUGAAUGGGUCACUCAGGCCAGCGGAGUCUGGUUUGCAAAGAAGAUUGUUGACAGUUACGGCAAGGACCCUUCCCUGACCAGCAUCCUGAACAACUUUGAUAUCUUCCUCGAAAUCGUCACGAAUCCUGAUGGUUUUGCUUUUACACACAGCCAGAACCGCAUGUGGAGGAAGACCCGGUCACACCACAGUGGGUUGUCCUGUAUCGGAGUAGACCCCAACAGGAACUGGGACGCAGGCUUUGGAGGGCCCGGCUCCAGUGGGAACUCGUGCACUGAAACGUACCGCGGCCCCUACGCCAACUCGGAGUCUGAAGUGAAAGCCAUCGUCGACUUUGUGCAGGAUCACGGCAACAUCAAAGCCUUCAUCUCCAUCCAUAGCUACUCGCAGCUCCUCCUCUACCCGUACGGCUACACCACACAGAAGGCUGCGGAUCACGAGGAGCUGGAUGCUCUUGCUAAAAAGGCCGUCAAUGCCCUUGCUUCCCUCCAUGGGACCAAAUACAGAUAUGGGAGCAUCACUGCCGCCAUCUAUCCAGCGAGUGGUGGAACGAUUGACUGGACCUAUGACCAAGGCAUUAAGUACUCCUACACGUUCGAGCUACGGGACACGGGGCGCCAUGGCUUCUUGCUCCCGGCCAGCCAGAUCGUUCCAACCGCCGAGGAGACGUGGCUGGCCUUGAUGGUCAUCAUGGAGCACACGCGAGACCAUCCAUACUAAGACCGGAGCGGAAGGGCGUUUUCU